CAAAACUUGUCGUUUAGCCGCCAAUGGCUUCCUCUCACCUUCUUACCUUUAGGUUUACAAAACCUGAAAACUUUAAGCAUCUUCUUCUUCUUUGGGUAAUUCUUUUUCUUUUUCCGCCCAUAACAGCUCUGUCUUCCGCUGGCCGUCACAGCUUUGUGACUAUAACUCGAAGACCCAAGUUUCUCUUUCUCUCUCUACCGUCAAUUCCUUCCAAUUUCAAAGCAAGUGCCUCUCCCACAGUGUGACCUGCAUCCUUCAAUUCUCUCCAAGUCCAAGUUAAUGAAUCAUGAAUGAAAGUAAUAGAAGUGUGGAAGGUCAGGAUUUAAUUAACCUUCCUUCAUCUAGCAAUUCCAUGUCUGGAAGUGAGAGUGGUGAACUUCGGGAUUUGGAUGAUGCUCCAAAUCAAGUAGAUUCUCAACCUAAUAAUGCUGAGGCUAAAGAUGGUGAAAUGAAAGCCGAGAUCCCGGAGCUGAAUGAAGGUGAUAUUAGAAAUCCCCAGAGCCAUUUCAUUGUGGAAGCAGAGGUAGACAACACUCUUGCUGAAGGUUCAUCUGACAUGGAAAUAAGUGAUGAAAUAACUGAAACUGUGACGGUUGAAGAGAAAAUGGAUGGAUCUUCAGUGCCUACCAAAAAGCGGCGUGUUGAUGUCCAUAAUGAAAGUCCCAUCCAGAACCACAUGAUGGAUGGUAUUUCUGUAUCUAGUGUUAAGAGACCCCGGAUGACAUUUGAUGACCAGCAACCUUCUGUUCAUAUUGUGUAUAAUUUCUUAACAAGAGCUAGUAAACUGAAGCUUGAGGAACUUUUGCAGAAGUGGUCAGAGUGGCAAGCUGAACAUGGUUCUUCAUCCUAUGAUCAAAAUGAACUUAUAGAAUCAGGAGAAGAGACGUACUUUCCUGCUUUGCGUGUUGGUGCAGAGAAACCCUCUGCUGUGUCAUUCUGGAUUGACAACCAAACAAGGAAUCCGCAUGAUACAGAGUUCAUCCCAUUGGAUAGUAACAUUGUGCCUCUUUAUGAUCGUGGAUAUGCAAUAGGUUUGACUUCCGCGGAUGGUUCAAGUAAUUUGGAAGGAGGCCUGGAGAUAAAAGAUGAGGCUUCCCGUUGUUUCAACUGUGGUUCUUAUAGUCAUUCCCUGAAGCAAUGCCCAAAGCCUCGUGACAAUGUUGCUGUCAAUAUUGCUCGAAAGCAACACUACAAGUUCAAACGCAAUCAGAAUGCUGCUUCUCGCAAUGCAAUUCGCUAUUAUCAGAACUCUCAAGGUGGAAAAUAUGAUGAUCUAAAGCCUGGUGUUCUUGGUGCUGAAACACGACAACUGUUAGGCCUUGGGGAGUUCGAUCCACCACCUUGGCUUAACAGAAUGCGAGAACUGGGGUACCCACCGGGAUAUCUAGCAUCCGAUGAUGAGGAUCAGCCAUCAGGAAUUACAAUAUAUGCUGAUGGAGAAACCAAUGAAGAAGAGGAAGAUGGAGAAAUUGCCGAGAUGGUGCAUUCUGAACCAAAGAGGAAAAUGACUGUCAAAUUUCCAGGAAUAAAUGCACCAAUCCCUGUAGAGGCAGAUGAAAAACGUUGGGCUUCUGGUCCUUCAAGUUCUGAAUCGUCUAGGAGGUCACACCAUAGAUUAAACCAUUCUUCUGAACCUGGCAGCAGAGGGCAUCAUCAUGAGCAAAGGUAUUUUGGGGAUUUUGAAGAUGAAGGCCCUCCGGGGGUUGACUCAAGAUUUAGCUCAUCCUAUCCCCCAAGGUAUGGUAAUUAUGAUUCUCACAGUUUUCAAACUCCAAGAGAUCGUAUUCCAAGGCCCUGUAGCCCAACCAUGGGAAGGUCCCAUUCUGACAGGGGUAGAAGGAGCCCCUUGGUAUAUGAAGAUGUUGCAAGUCAUGGUUCCUAUUCAUCUUCAGAUAGGCGUAAUACACCAAGAAUUCAUGGCUCAGCCAGAUUAGAAAAUGAGACUGACGAAAGAUGGGAUAACAGCUACCCUCAUCAUUCAUCUCGGUUCAAUAGUCAUAGAUACCACAGCAGGUGGUGAAUAGCAUUGUCGUAACUUUUGUUUCUGUCACCAGAAUUCAUGAUUGUUUAGUAAUUAAUACCCUAUGAGGCCAUGACUCACUCCCUCUUCAACCAAGAGCUGAUUCUCAGUUUCUCUAGUUGCUUUUGGUUUUAACAUAACUUGUAAAGAUUUCUAGACUGAUGAUGCAUGUAGAAAAGUUAGGAGUCAUUGUACAAUAUAAUGAUUUAGAUUGGCAGGCAUUUUUAUAGUUAAUUUAAGUUUUUUGGUCUUACAAUAUGGUCGGCAAGUAAUAACUAUCAGAUUUAUUAUGUAGUUGAAUAUCAACCAUUGAUCAAGUUUUAAAGAGGAGAGGUUAAAACUUGUUUAUUUGGAUAAUCAGAUUGCAAAGCAAAUUUAAAACUAAAAACAAAA